CCCAUAAAUAGUGGGAAAGCCACAAAACAUAUAUAAAGAGGAAAGCGGCAGUCAGUGUGAGCCAGCGGCAGUCGAUGGAGUUGCUCAGAGUUGAUGAGAACUGGAGUUGGAAGCAAACGUUUAUAUAGCACGUGAGCCUCGUGCCUUAGAAGUGGGUGACUGUUGUAAACAAAACAUUGCAAGCAGGUUGCACAUGCAUGCACAUUGCAGAAACAUAAUUAACGAGCCGUUUUAAGCUCAAUUCUAUUCGGAUUUAUGAGACAGAAUCUCCUGAGGAAAGAAUUGUCUCUUCGUGGCUCGAUCGCGGCUCGUUUGUAUUCAGCUUGAAGAGAACGAGCACGAAAGUUGUGUUUUGUAACAAAGUUUCAAACGUUAGAACUUUGGUACGAUACACUGCGGCCAAGAUUUGUAACUCGCCGCCAGUCGAAAAAGAUUACUGAUUACUUCGUGAAGAUGCGAGGAUAAUUUCGAGGAUCUCGUCCACACCAUACUUCCAAAAAUUCGUCAUUAACAGCCACGUGUAAAUUUACUAAAAGUUAAAGAUGGAUCAGAUGCUUCCGAGCCCUGGCUUUAGCAUACCUAGCAUCGGCACUCCUCUGCAUCAGCCAGAGGAGGAUCAGCAGAUCUUGCCGAAUGCCCUGCAGCAGCAGCAACAGUCGCAGCAGUUCCAGCAGCUGCAGCAGCUGCACUCGAUGAGCCCCAACAUGCAGAGUGGCAUGCUGAUGAUUACGACGCCGCAGAAGAAUAUACACACGUACGCGCCUACUCCUACGUUCGCGACACCGCAGAGUCUCAUGCAACCACAAACGCCGCAAAAUAUGAUGUCUCCUAUAGUACCACAAAAUAAUCAAAUAGCACCACCAUCGAUAGGACCUGCGACCCCAGGACCAAUGACACCAAUGACCCCAGCUUCCGCGGACCCUGGAAUAUUGCCACAGUUGCAGAAUAUUGUAUCUACUGUUAAUUUGAGUUGCAAACUAGAUUUGAAAAAAAUAGCUCUUCAUGCUAGAAAUGCUGAGUACAAUCCAAAAAGGUUCGCGGCUGUUAUCAUGCGAAUAAGAGAACCAAGAACUACCGCACUGAUAUUUAGCAGCGGUAAAAUGGUAUGUACUGGCGCCAAGAGCGAAGGAGAUUCACGUCUUGCAGCCAGAAAGUACGCAAGAAUAAUUCAGAAGUUAGGUUUUCCAGCAAAGUUCCUAGAUUUUAAAAUCCAAAAUAUGGUUGGCAGCUGUGAUGUUAAAUUUCCAAUUAGAUUGGAAGGUUUAGUGCUAUCUCACGGACAGUUCUCAUCUUACGAACCAGAACUAUUUCCAGGUCUAAUUUAUAGGAUGGUCAAGCCUCGAAUUGUAUUGCUCAUAUUCGUCUCAGGAAAAGUAGUAUUGACAGGUGCAAAGGUUCGCACGGAAAUUUAUGAAGCCUUUGACAACAUAUAUCCAAUAUUGAAGAGCUUUAAAAAACAAUGAUUCUACGUAGCAUGUUUUUUUUAAUAAUUUAAUAUGAUUUCUUUUCAACCAACUCCAUUUCUAAUAGAUUAGUUAUUUUGUAAUAUAAAUCAUAUAGAUAAGCAACUACUACGUCUAAUGCUAUCGUUAAGUUGCACAGUGUUGUUAAAUAUCUCUUUGAUUAUUCAAUCAACAAAAUAUCUCUCAAAAUGAUUUGAUAUUCUUCUCACUGCAGAUCUUUUCCAGUUUGUGAAACCGAUCUUUCCUUAAUGAGAAAAUGUGAUGUACAUUAUUUUGGAGUAAUGAUCAGUAUUUUAUUAACCAACUUCGAGAGAAAUAAAUAAAUAAAUAUUUUUUUGUUCAAUUUGCACAUAUAUUUUCUUGAUUUUAAAAUAGAUUUUACACGAAUCUUGGUUAACUAUUAUAAGUACCAAUAUGAGUACUUCAAUAUUAAAGAAAGAUCGUCUUUAAAUUAAUUAAAGAAAUACCAAGCAAAAAGACAUCCAUUGAUUUUGGAACGUAAACUAAUUACUCUAGAUUAGCUAACAUAAUUUUGACAAUAUUAGCUAAUCUAGAUGUAGUAUUUCUAUCUACAUCCAUCUAUAUAAGAUGGAAAUAUGUAUUUCUACCUUAUAGGAAAUAUUUAUUUCUUGAUGUGCAUUAAAUGUAUGAAGAUACAACUGUUAUAAUUUUAUAAUUGAUUUCGCGUUUCUAUUUAUUUUUCAAAUCAAUCACUUUUAAUUGAUAAUGACAACAGAAAUUCUAAAGAUAUAUUUAUACAUAUGUAUGUACACUGUAACCAGAAGUUUCUGAACCUUCCCUUUUUGCCUUCCUUAAGGAUAAUAAUAACGCAUAUAAUUCUGCAUUUAUAAAAUAGUGUCUUCUAGCGAUACAGUGCCUCAAUUAAGAUUACAUAAGCAAUCAAUGUAUAUGCUUUGUCAAUUUUAACUCUUAGCAGAUAUUAUAAAAUUUCUUAAGUUCCAUCACAAAAAUAUUGCUAUAAUUUAAAAAAUUGAAAAAUGGAAUAUAUAUUAAAAUUUGUUAGGCGAUAUGAUUACAUUCACAAUGUCAUUAUAAUGAUACAAUAUGAUGUGUAAUUAAUCAACAUCUCUUAAUUUAAAUUUCUUUAAACAGAGAUGGUCUGUUAUUUUUUCUUAAUAACAUUUAUAUCUGCUGAGAAUUAAUUGUGAUACAUGUACUUGGAAAAAUUAUUGUAACCAUCGAAUAAUUUUCUACUCUGUUUAAUUGUACAUUAUUAAAUUAUUUUAAUAUACAAGAA